AUGAGCUUAGCUCGCGAACUGCGUCCCCAGUUUCCCUUCACUCCCGCCCCGAGUCCCCCAGCAGGAUGCGAAGACCUAUGGUAUCGGCGCUGGGCAUUUGCUGAAAACAUCCAUCCACUGGCAGGGACUCCGAGUUGCCUGCAGGCGGCACUGCACAGGCCAACAGGUCGGGUGUGCCCAACACCUGCAGCUUUAUGCAAUGGGAGGAUAGGAUGUCUUGUCUGUUGGUGACACCCACCCAUUUGCACUGCCAUGCAUCCACCUUAUAUAUAUUGGGGUCUGUCUGUGCACAUUUGUUCGUUGUGUGUCGUGUCAGGAUGGAGCACGUGGGCAUCUCUUUCCCUGCUCUCUGUUUGGUCAUUGCGCAGCUGCUGUGCUUUGUGCAUGCGACCGCCACGGGCAUCUCAUCGCAGUUGGCGAGAUGGCGACGACCCCAACUGCAAGGUGUUGCGUGUGGAGGCGUUCACUCUGGUGGUGCCGCACCCGGCCGAGACGAGCGGCACCGACCUCCCUUACACAUGGGUCGACACCGCACUCGGCAAGGACGAAUAG